AUGCGAAUGACGCCGGUGUAUUGGCCAGCGCUGGAGGAACUUGUCGUGUGUCGUUCUCGUUGGGUCUAUGCCCAACGCAAUUACGGUCUAGCUCCAUACAACGCAGAGGCAGCGACUGUGCUGGAGAACGCUUUCGUGUAUUACUUGGGGUUCUACCCGCUGGAGAAGCAGCGACUGAUGGAUAUCGAGGCGCAGAAACCGCGCGGCCUCUUUAGCUCCCGUGCUGGUCUAAGUGAGGCGGUUUUGGCAGCUCGAGUUGAGAAGGACUGCACCCUUAGCAUUCCUGUGGAAGGCCAUUUGGUAGAGUUUAAAGGCUUGCAGGACAUCAUGCAGUACAAGCGUUUGCUGGCUGGAACGACGCCAUUUACGAGUAAGCGUCGUGUGUAUCGAGGAAACCCGCGUGUUCGUGCUGAUCCCACUACCUUGCAGCGUUGGAAAGAUGCCAUGGAAUGUGAUCCAGCUACAGGCAAUGCGCUGAAGAUCACGGAGGAUGACAAAGAUAUCGAAGAAGAGAUUGAGCAUCUGGUACUGAUUGUACAUGGAAUCGGUGAUGCAUUGAAGACGCUCGAUCUGAUCAAUGUCGUAACGUUACGCUCCAUCAUUGACUGCUCUACGACGCUGCGGGAGGUGACAACAAAGAAAAGGCAACACGCCAACCGCGAGUGGAAUUCUUGCCCAUUGAGUGGCACUCGAAGCUGCACAUGGAGGGUUUGGAUCAACUUAUCCGAGACGUGA